AUGUUUGGUUCCGGUAAAUUGAACUUAGUUGAGCGUCCUGGCUUAGGCCGUAUUGGUCGUCCUAUACGAAUCAGAGCAAACUUUUUCGAAAUAAACUCUACAGAUGACGUAAAUAUUCACCACUAUGACGUUAUAAUUACUCCGGAAGUUCCUCCGACUCUGAAUAGGAGAAUUUUUACCCAGUUUGAAGCCCUGCAUGCUGGUGAUGUAAAACCAGUAUUCGAUGGUCGUAGAAAUAUUUUUACCGCUAGACCGUUACCUUUUGGUUAUACGGACACUUUUGAUAUACGUCUUCCAGAUUCUUCAACAACUCGACUUCCACGUGCUUUUAAGCUCAUCAUUAGGAAGGUCGCUGCAGUUGGUAGAUCAUUUUAUACCAAUCAAAUCUCACAAGCUUGUUCCGGUGGUUUAGAAAUUUGGCAAGGAUAUCGUCAAUCCGUCAGGCCUACACCUGGAAGAAUGAUGAUAAAUGUUGAUGUAAGCUCUACUGCUUUUUAUGAAAGUUGCGAGUUAGUACAUAUGGUCGCAAAGAUACUCGGUCGUAAUCUUGGUGAUCUAAGAAGAGAAAUAGUUGAUAGGGAUCGGUUAAAACUUGAAAAAGCUUUAAAGUAUUUAAAAAUUCGUGUUACCCACCGUGGAGAUAAUUCCGAGCGCACGUAUAAGAUUAUUAAAUUAACUAAUACCCCGGCAUCAAAUACUAAAUUUGAAGUUGAUGGUACUAGAACAGAUGUUGCUUCAUACUUUCAAAAUACUUACAACGAACCUCUACAAUAUCCAUUCCUUCCUUGCGUCGUCGUCCGAAGGGAUUUAUAUUUACCAUUGGAAGUAUGUAAAGUAGUUGAGGGACAACAUCAUAUUCGCAAAUUAAACGUAAGGCAGAAAGCUGAUAUGAUAAAAUUUUCUCUUCAGCAACCCCAAGUCUGUGCAAAUAAAAUUGUACAAGGUUUAGAAAUUCUUGGUUAUCGACUAAAUGAUUGUAUGAGGCAAUUUGGUUUGGUAGAACCUGAAGAAAUGGCUGUAGUUCCAGCCAGAGUAUUGCCUGCUCCAAAAAUACUAUAUCACCCUUCUUCUCGUACUCCUGCCUUUAUUCCAAGAAAUGGGUCAUGGAAUUUACGUGAUAAAAAAGUUGCUACUGGAGCCACACUUAGUUCAUGGUCAUGCGUUGUUUUCGGAAAUUUCCGAAUGCAAGUCGUACAAUAUUUUAUCAGAGAAUUGGUUAACGUAUGUCUGGAUACUGAAAUGAAUAUCCCGACUAAGAAUCCACCAAUUUUCCAAGGUAAUCCUCAAGGUAAUAUUGAACAGAUCUUGAGGCAAGCAUGGGUUAAAGCUGGCAAUAUGACCAGAUCACCACCUCAGUUAAUUUUAUGCAUUCUUCCUAACACCGGUGUACCAUUGUAUGCUGAAAUUAAACGUGUGAGUGAUACAGUAAUUGGUGUUGCUACUCAAUGCGUUCAAUCUAGACAUAUUUUUCAAGCAAAAAAACAAUAUUGCGCUAACCUAUGUCUCAAAAUGAACGUAAAACUUGGUGGUAUGAAUUCAUACAUUGAACCAAGUUGUAUACAGUUUAUUACGCAACGGCCGACCAUCGUAAUGGGUGCAUGCGUCUCACAUCCUGCUCCUGGUGGUGAUGAGUCUCGCCCAUCCAUCGCUGCUCUAUGCGCUUCAAUGGAUGCAAAAGCAUCUCGCUAUGCCGCCUCUAUUCGUGUUCAAGCAGAAAGUGUUUUGUUCUAUCGAAACGGUGUCUCUGACAACCAAUUUCAACAAGUGCUUGAUUUUGAAAUUGAAGCUGUAAGAUGUGCAUGUGCAUCACUUGAUGCGAAUUAUAAACCGUCCAUAACCUUUGUGGUUGUAAAGUCACGUCAUCACACUCGUCUUUUCCCUAAGGAUAAGAAAGAUUCAGAUAGGACAGGAAACUGUCUGGUUGGUACAGUUGUUGAAUCAACAAUAACGCACCCUUUCGAAUUUGACUUUUAUCUUCAGAGACACGCUGCAACACAAGGAGCUUCGCGUCCAACACAUUAUUACGUAUUGUGUGAUGAAAACCGAUUCAAUGCCGAUUCAAUUCAAACUUUAUCAUACAAUUUAUGUUAUUCGUUUGCGCGAUGUACGCGUGCAGUUUUUAUUGUCCCACCAGUAUAUUACGCGCAUUUAGUUUGUUGUAGGGCCAGAUUUCAUUCGCGAAAUGAAAAUUGGAGCGAUCAAGAUCCAGAAAGUGGGGUUCUUGUAUCAUCUUUUGGUAUGGUGAAACCUAAUUUACAAAAAGUUAUGUACUUUAUAUAG